GCCAUGAAGGUCCUCAUCCUUGCCUGCUUGGUGGCUCUUGCCCUUGCAGGAGAGAAAGAAGAACCCAAAGUAUCCGGUGAGACUGUGCAAAGCCUUUCAAGCAGCGAGGAAUCUGUUACGCACAUCAACAAGCAGAAAGUUGAGAAGUUUAAACAUGAGGAACAGCAGCAAACAGAGGAUGAACGCCAGGAUAAAAUCCACCACUUUUCCCAGCCACAGCCUCUAGUCUAUUCCUACACUGGGCCAAUCCCUUCCCCUAUCCUUCCACAAAACGUCCUGACUCUUGCUCAGCCCCCUGUGGUGGUGCCUUUCCCUCAGCCUGAAAUAAUGGAAAUCCCCAAAGCUAAGGAGACUAUCCUUCCUAAGCAUAAAGAAAUGCCCUUCCCUAUAUCUCCAGUAGAGCCCUUUAUUGAAAGCCAGAGCCUGCCUCUCACUGAUCUUGAAAAUCUGCACCUUCCUCUGUCUCUGCUCCAGUCCUUGAUGCACCAGCCUCCCCAGCCUCUUCCUCCUACCCCCAUGUUUCCUCCUCAGCCCCUGCCAUCCCUUUCUCAGCCCAAAGUCCUGCCUAUUCCCCAGCAAGUGGUGCCCCACAUCCAGAGACAUAUGCCCAUCCAGGCCCUUCUGCUGUACCAGGAGCCUGUACAUGGUCCUAUCCGGGGGCUCUACCCUGUUAUUAAUUGACUGCAACUGGAAAUGUGGCAACUUUUCAAUCCUUGCAUCAUGCUACCAAAAUAAUUUUUAAAUGAGUCGACAUGGA